AUGUCUCCCCUGCCACUCACCAUCCUCUCCCGCAUCUUUGUUCACCUUCCCCCACCGUCCAUUGGGGCUGCCAUCCGCGUCAACUCGCAAUUCUAUCGCGCCGGUAUUGAGCAGCUCCACAACCACAUCUGGAUGACUGAGCAUGGUCCCUGGCCCAGCUUCACAGAUAUGGACCGCUUCCCGCCCCUGCCGCUCCAGCAGAUGCUUGGCCGCAGCUGGCUCCGCUCAGUCGUCCACACGUUGGACGUCUUUGGCCACUCCACUCGCGUCUGUAUGACCAACCCCGAUGACAUGUGGGUCACGGCCGAUUCCCUACCAGCCCUCCCCAAUAUCAAGAUCCUCCGCAUCCACAUGACCAACCCCUUUGGAACGUCGCAGCACCAGCGCUCGUUCCAUACCAACGGCGACCAGCAGUUCCACUCCAACUCGGCUCCACACAUGCAUGUCUUGCCACAGUGCCCUGCCGUCUACCGCAUCAAGCCCCGUACGCUCGUCGCCCUCGGCGGUCCAAUCGUGUACCGCGAGAAACCCAUCACGGCCCUGCCUUACGGCCUGCUCGCCGCCGUGGAACGCUACGUCCUCGUCCUGUCGCCCGACGCCGAGCUCCUCCUCGCGGACAAGACGAGCGCCGUCCCAAUCUUGCGCGCCCGCGCCAUCGCUUCAGACAUUGCCAACGUCCCAGACGCCACCGACAUUGUGAUCGUCUUCUACACACCGCGCCCACACAUUGAGUGGCGUGGCGCCGUGGCCACGAUGCGCACCGAGUCGCAUAUCAAGCGCACCUGGGCCGGCCGCUUUCUCACUGAACUGGCACACCUGAUUGCGCAGCUGCCCUUCUUCCAGCACAUCAAGUUUGUCAAUGCCGGUUCGCUGGACAAGUAUGCGACUGCCCAGCAAGUGUGGGAUCCCGCGGAGGGGAUGCGUGCCCUCGAGACCCACUUCCGCAAGCAGAUGGACGCGUACGCCCAGGGACAAGGCCACGAGAGAGGAGAUCGCAUCGCCGAGUGGUGCCGUACCACCACGGUCGACUUUGUGAGCAUGGAAGACUACCUCCGCCACACCCAGUGGAAGGGGGAAUUUGAGCAUGCAGAGGUUGCCGAGUGGCUCCGCCCGAAGCGUGUCUGGGGUUACCUGUAG